GAAAAAUGAAGGGGUGAAAAGGGAAAAGUGAUUUGUGUGUGAGAAGUUCUUCUGCUGCUACUGGGGGAGCUAAGGGUUUUGGCCAGAAGCUAUGGAAGCAGCAAAACGCAAGCGAAACCCUGCCGAGUACGAAGACGAUGAGUACGACACAUUCAAACAACCACCACCGCCGUCCUCAGCCACCGCAAACGGAGGCAUCGACCUUUCACUGCUCGAAGCCUUAGAAAAAUCUCAACAAAACCCUGUGGAAGUUCUCGAUAUCAAAACAGUGAAAAAACUCGUCCUUGCAUUCGAACGCCGUCUUAAGGAGAACAUUGCUGCACGUCUCAAGUACCCGGACCAACCCGAAAAGUUCGCGGAUUCCGAAGUCGAGCUCCAUGAAGAAAUCGAAAAGCUCAAAAUACUCGCCGGAGGCCCCGAAUUUUACCCGGAACUCGUCAAUCUCGGGACCAUUGCGUCUAUCACCAGCCUCCUCAAUCACGAAAACACUGACAUCGCUAUUGACGUGGUCGGCUUAUUACAAGACCUGACCGACGAGGAUGUUCUCGAGGACAACGACGAGCCGGCGCAAAUUUUAGUUGAUUCAUUGGUUGAGAACAAUUCGUUAGAAUUGCUCGUUCAGCUCCUAGGUAAAAUGUCCGACUCCGAUCCGGACGAGUCCGCUGCCAUAUAUAGUAUACUCGCGACUGUUGAGAAUUUUAUUGAAGUGAAACCCUCGGUGGCGGAACUUGUAUGUGAAAGGACGAAGUUAAUGAAGUGGUUGCUGACAAGAAUAAAGGUAAGAGAAUUUGAUGGAAACAAGCAGUAUGCAUCGGAAAUUUUGGCUAUUUUGCUGCAGAGCAGCACGGUCAAUCAGAAGAGAUUAGGGCAAUUGAACGGCGUGGACGCAUUGUUACAAGCUGUAGCAAUGUAUAAAUCGAAGGACCCUAAGACGCCAGAUGAGGAGGAGAUGGUUGAGAACUUGUUUGAUGCCUUGUGUUGUUUGUUAAUGCCUUUGGAGAAUAAAGAGAAGUUUGUGAAAUCUGAAGGAGUGGAAUUGAUGAUCAUUAUAAUGAAUCAGAAGAAAAUGUGCUAUGGAUCAGCUAUAAGGGCGUUGGAUUUUGCAAUGACUAAUUAUCCUCCAGCAUGUGAGAGGUUUGUGGAUGUAAUGGGGUUAAAGACUGCAUUUCCUGCUUUCAUGGGUAAGCUACCUCUGAGCAAAAAGAACAAGAAACGCUACAAAGAAGAAUUGGAAGAGCGUCUUGUAUCACUUGUUGCUUCCUUAUUUGGGGGAAUCUUAAGAGGUUCUAGAAGGGAUAGAUUGUUAAGUAAGUUCGUGGAGAAUGAGUGCGAAAAAAUUGACAGGCUUAUGGAGCUCUACAUGAGAUAUUCCAAUAGAGUAAAACUUGAGUCUGAACGGUUUGACCAGCUUGAACUUGAUGAUUUGGAGAUGGAUGAAGACGAGAAGUACAAUAGGAAGUUAGAAGCUGGUCUUUAUACUCUUCAGUUGAUAGCUGUUAUUCUGGGUCAUCUUUGGACGUCUGAACAUCCUCGAAUCAGAGCAAGGAUUGACCUUUUGCUAAAGCAACAAAAGCUGACUAAGCAAGAUGUAAAAGAUAUACUCCAGGAAUAUCAUGACAACAUAGGCGAUCUGGAAGGGCCAGAAGAGAAGGAGAGGGGACAAUCAAAGAUUCAAAGGUUCAUAUCGUCCUUUUGACCAUAAUACAGUUGAAAAAGCUGGAAUGAUGUGUAAACUCUGGCUAUUUUGAAAGUAUUAAGAUGAUGUCCUCAGCUGGUCAUGUCACUGUAUUCUUUGAUGUAAUGUGUAAGAGCUCAUAGCUACCACCUGUUAUUGAGGGUUGACAGUUUUGACUGAAAAUCUGUUAGUACUGAAUGCGAUUCAGUGUAAUUUGCAACACUUCAAUUAAUAGUUUUACCCAGUGUAAGUGUAGUGCUUUGUGGAGCAUGUUAUGUGAGCUUUCACCAUCCCAAACCUGGCACUUUGGAUGGUUAUGCUAUUCAGUAUUCUCUUUAGAAAAUGCUUUCAGUAAUGAGCUU